UGAGAAGCAGAGAGAUGAAGGGAGGGGGCUGUAUGCAGUGGUGAUGCAGGGAGGGGUGUUAGCAGAUAGAUGUAUGUGAACAGAAUAAGGCAUUGAGAUAAGACGGGAACCAGAUACACAGUGAGGCAGAGAGACUGGACCACUGCUGACUGGCUGCUCACUGAAAGGCAAGGCCAGAAGAAGGAGAGAGGGAAAGAAACGGGCAGAAGAAGGAGAGAGAGAGGGGGAGUCGUAAGGUUAGAAAUAAAGCAGGGGAAGAUACAUGAAAGGUGGGAGGAAGACGAAAAGGUGGGAGAAGGUGGGGAGGGAGAGAGGAUAGGAGAAGACAAGAGGGAGAACGGUGCUAUUAACAACAAGAACAGGGAGAGGAAGAAUACACACGAUUACAAAUCAGCAAAUAGAAAGGAAAGAGAAAAAGGUGAAAAGUAAUUAAAAAAUGGGAGAGCGGGAAAGGGCGAAAAUUUUGGGAGGAUGAAAAAUGGAAUGAGAGAGAGCUGAAUAAGAUAGAGAAAAAAAAGGGUUGGAGGCAGAGCAAGAGAAACAGAGGGAGGGAGGGAGAGAUGCUGAAACCCGCAGACAGGCAGAGGUGAUGUAAAUACCUGGAGGGGGAGUGAAGGAGCGAAGAAAAGAGGGAAGAAGAGAGGAAGGGAGGACAAGCUCCUGCUGCAGAAUGAUGGGGAACUCACCGCACAAACAGAGAAGCAAAAAGCAUCACAGAAUGCAGCCAGCAACAGCUGCUGCUGUUCCUGUGGACCAUUCCAAGUCAGCAAACUGGCAGCAACAACCAGUGAAUGUAUUUUUAUCUUCUAAACGGCCUCCUUGUGUCGAAGAACUUCAUCAAGAGGCAGAACUCAACUUGCAGAGUCUUCUUCAAGCUGAUUGUUUUUCUGAAGAAUUUGAAGAUCGAUAUAUAGAUACAAAAGUUACAGGGCAGACAUUUCGUUAUUCAGCCCUCUCACAAUCUGCGACACUACAACCAGAAACUCCUACAAGACAUACACCCAGACGUCUUGAGUUUGUCUACCUGCCGGCUAACAGGAGGGUGAGUGAAGAUGAGACAACCACAGUAGGAGUUAGGCCACGAGAGACGUGUUUAAGUCUACCAACCACGCCUGACAAGCAAGUGGCCUGGAUUAAAGCAUUCCCCUUUCCUAUCCCAGAGGAGAGGCGAUGGCAUCAGUCUAACUCCAUUCAGACCAAUAUUGUGCCCAUUAACGUUUCAGAGACAGCCCUGGGGUCUACUGUCGCUAGUGCUGUUAUGGGGGAUUCUGGAGAAUUGUUUGACAAACAUGCAACUUCCCGCCACUCACUGUUCAACACUGAGACAGCGGUAAACCCCAAAACAACCCUACGGCGCAGGAGGACAAUAAUUGGGUUCUCACAUCAUACACAACAAGAUCAAGGAGAAAGCAAGAGUUCCACUAGCAAUGAGUCUAAUGCAAAACAGUCGUCUGCAGGCAAUGUGAAUGGUGUGACAUGCAGUGAACACUCUCUAUCUAGAGAAAAAUCACCCCCUCCUAAACCUGAGACAUCUCACGGGAGACACCCUGGGGGUAGAGCAGCUACUCCACAUCCUCAACAGCUGCCUUUGAGAAAAACAUUCAGUGAUCUUGGACAUAUUUUGCAAAACCCUACCAGCACAGAAAGUACAGGUGGAAUGUAUGCCAGCCCCUCCUGUAAUGGAACAAAAGACGCUGUUGCCUUGUCACAGGAAAGCACAUUCAACUAUAUGACUCCAUCUAGCCCAGUGAAAAGUCAGCAAAGAACUGGAAGUGACACCACAAAAUGUUCCACUUUGACAAUGUCCUCUCCUGGAGUUUGUAAAGGGGGGGGAUCCUAUAAGGUGAGAAAAGAGAAUGUGACAAGGAGCAAUGGAAGUGGUAUGUGUUCAAGUGCCACCCUUCCAACUACAUCAUUUGAUCAUACAAAGGAAGCAGAAUCUAAAAAUAUUUUCCAUUCCGGACAAUCAGGUAUAAAUAUCUCUUCUACGAUGCCGACAAGGUCUGGAGAAUGCACAUUUCGGGAGAGAUCACUGUCUAUGCCAACAGACUCAGGUUCCCUUUCCUCAGUAGAUAUAGCUUACUCUGAGAACAGGAGAGGCAGUGGUGAUUAUGCCCUGAAUUACCCUAGUGGAAGCUCAGAGGAGAGCACAAGCACAGAGAAUGUAUCUGUUGCUACUGAAGAGAACCAGGAAAGAAGGAGGUCUCGAAGCAUCUCCUUGAGGAAGCCAAAGAAAAAGCCAUCUCCUCCUGCACGCAGUGUUUCCUUGAUCAAGGAUAAUAGUGUCCAGAAAUUACAGCCGGCAGCUACUAUGCCUAAAGACCAGAGGCCUAAGAGUCUCUGUAUUGCAUUUGAUAGCCAGGGGCAUAGUUACAUUCAAACAUCCCUUCAUGGUAAUGCCACAAUGCCAACAGCAAAAAGCAUGCACUUUACCCACAGCUGGAAUCAAAGUGAUGGCAAAUCCAAUGAUUUGUACAGGUCAUUGUCUGGUUCUAGUACUGCAACAGGAACCACUGUGAUUGAGCAUACAAAAACACAGGGAAGUUCAGAGUCUUUAACAUCUCCUUCCAACUCCAGAGCCACAACUCCUUCUCAGGUUUCAACAGAACCAGAGUCAAAGAUUUCAUCACCUAGGAAACCUCUUGCUUUGAUGUCUCCUUCAAGUGGUUACUCUAGUCAGUCAGAAACUCCAACUGCAGUCCCGUCAUCAAUGAUUCUUGGACACUCUCCUUACCAAAGCAACAAGGUAAGACCUGUUGUUCCUGAGAGAAAAUCAUCACUGCCAGCUGUUUCACCCAUUGACAGAAGUCCUAAGAUAAGGCAGCCUUUCGAUUUGCCAUUGACUCCACCUACCCAUCUAGACUUGACUGCAGUUAGGAGAUCUUCAAAAAGUAAAGUAAAAAACAACAGGAGCCAUUCAGAGUCAACUUUUGGUACUAAACAUAAUCAAAAGAGUAGUCCAGUUCAGCCUAUAAUGCCAAUGGUGACACAAUCAGAUCUAAGAUCUAUACGGCUUCGCUCAGUAAGCAAAUCAGAGCCUGAAGACAACUUGGAUGGUAUAGAACCCAUUGAUGAACUUGCAGAUGAAGCUUUUCCUUUGCCAGAUAAAAAAGUAAAGCCUCCAGUAGCAGAGAAACCUCCUAUGUCCAGAAGACCCACCAAUCUGGCUUAUAGAUCCCCUGCUGUCACACCAGAAUCUCCUGUGAUGUCUCCACAUUCUCCUGGAACAUUUGUUAGAGACCAGUCAUCUCCUCAGGAUGCCUACAUGGUCAUUGGGACAAUUAGGCACAGGAAAAGCUAUGAUAUAGAUACUCGUAUGGACACGCCACCUUCCAUUGAACCCUCACCUCCUUCUGAAAGUUGCUUUCUUGGAGGUCCACCAGGGACAAUUAGCUUCUCCCAUAGUAGUGCUGAUGAAGAAGAGCUGACAAGAGGGAGACAAAUGCCAGAGAGAAUCACAAUCCAAAGUCUAAGUUAUUCAGAUAAAAGGAGAGUGAAGGUUCCACCACCUAUUCCAAAAAAACCCAGUGUGUUACACUUUCCAGUUGCUAGUCCACCUCCAGCAGGUCAGACUGAGUGUUCCAAUUCUGAACAAAUGAUGUCGUCAAGCCCAGUUAUUGCUGUGGAUUCUAGAGCCAGGUCGUAUCCUGAUAUUAUUGAAUUUCAGAAAUAUGACCCUGAAGGUGCAAUUUCAGCUGCCCAACCGGACCUUGUAUCUGUUGAUCGAUUGUCAGGACCAUUUACAGAUAUGUCGGGUGAUCAUAGAAGUGUAUCAAGGAAAACAGCUGAAUCCAUUACUGAAUAUGAUGAUGAAGUGUUUGUGAGUUCCCGUACAACUGAAGACCUAUUUACCGUCAUACACAGGUCUAAAAGGAAGUUGCUAGGAUGGAAAGAUUCUGGAGAUGCUUUUGGGAGUAGGCAAAGUUCAGUGUCACCUGUUAAAAGUUCCUCGAGUUCCACACUUAGUGAUUUUUCAACUGGAACCCUGAAUAUAACGCGGACCUCCAGUAAAAAUGAGGACUUUAAAGCCCUUCUCCAAAGAAAGGGCAGCAAGAGUAGCCUGGGAUCCCGUCCCUCAGCUGCAGAACUUUUGAAGACUACCAAUCCAUUGGCACGAAGAGUUAUGAAUGAGUUUGCUCCGGAGAUUGAGAAGAGUGGAAAUAUGAAAACUUUACCGUGAAGUAGACAAAUGUGAAUCUG